AUGUCUAACCAGCAAACGGCUGCCCAGGCCUUGGCAGGAACAUCCGAUACCCUCCAACAAACCCUAAACGACCCGCCACGAACUGCGCCAACUCCAACCGCUCCCAACUAUGCUCCACCUCCAACCCGCUGGCAGCGUGCCAUGCAGAAACUGGCAUGGUCCAUGCGCAAAUUUCCAACGUCCCAGUCAAUGGCCAUGUUCAAAAAGUACUUGACUUUUGCUGGUGGUAGUGCCUUUAUCUGUACCUCUUAUAUCGACCCAGGUAACUACUCUACCGACGUCCAAGCUGGCGCCCAGUUCCGCUUCCAUUUGCUCUUUGUUAUCUUCUUCUCUAACUGCCUCGCCAUCUUCCUCCAGUCUCUUGCCAUCCGCCUUGGUACUGUCUCUGGCCGCGACCUUGCCCAAAUCUCAAAGGAACAGUUCCCCCGUUGGCUUAACCUCAUUCUUUACGUCCUCGCUGAAGCUGCAAUUAUUGCUACUGAUAUCGCAGAAGUCGUCGGUACUGCUGUGGCUUUAAACAUCCUCAUGCACAUCCCACUUAUUGUCGGCGUCAUCAUCACCAUCCUUGACGUCCUUAUCGUCCUGAUGGCCUACCGCAGUGAGCAGUCUAUCCGUAUAAUCCGAUACUUUGAGUACGGCGUUGCCGCACUAGUGGUCGGUGUUGCAAUUUGUUUUGCUAUUCAGCUCAAGCAGAUGCCUCCAACCCCAGCCGCUGAUGUUUUCCGCGGCUACCUGCCAUCACACCAUCUUCUUGAAAGCGGUGCCAUGUAUGCAUCCUGUGGUAUUCUUGGUGCAACUGUCAUGCCCCAUUCGCUUUACCUUGGUUCUUCCAUCGUUAAGCCCCGCGUUAUCGACAAGGAUGUGCGUUUGGGUAAUGUCCCUGAAAAUUACACUUCUGAAGAUUUUGACAACUAUAAACCUAGUGUCGAAGCCAUCAACUAUUCUCUCAAGUACAGUACUGUCGAGCUGGCUGUGUCACUAUGUACUUUUGCGUUUUUUGUAAACUCUGCCAUCCUCAUUGUCUCGGGUGCUACCCUUUACAACAACGACUCCACAAACACUGCUGAUCUCUUUUCUAUCUACGAUUCUCUUAAGGAGCUCAUUUCCAAAGGUGCUGCUACCCUCUUUAUGGUUGCUCUCCUGCUUUCCGGCCAAUCUGCAGGUAUUGUGUGUACAGUUGCUGGCCAGAUUGUUUCCGAAGGUUACCUCAAUUGGAACAUUAAAAAGACUUGGAUCCGAAGACUUAUCACACGCACUAUUGCAGUAGUCCCAUGUCUUAUUGUCACUGCCGCUGUUGGACGUAAGGGUUUAUCUCAGGUUCUCAACGCUUCCCAAACUGCGCUCUCCAUUUUGCUGCCCUUUCUUGUUUUCCCCCUAGUGUACUUUACCUGCAAGCCCUCCGUCAUGUGCGUCGAGGUCAAUCCCAAGAAGCCGGCACAGGUCCCGCAAAAUUGUAUUCCUUUGCAGGAUCUUGGGAUCACUAAGAGCGAUGCAGGUCCGUCGUCUUUGCCCAAUAGCUCAACACUGGAACCAACAUUUUCUAAAGAGUCCAAAAAGUCUAAAGAGUCUAAAAGAUUUACAGUCACAGAGACUGAAGAACCAGAACCGCUGCGCGUCAACUACACUAACGGCUGGUUCGUAAUGAUUUUCGGGUACAUGGUCUGGCUAUUCAUUGCAGUUCUCAACGUCUAUCUGAUUGUCCAGCUGGCCAUGGGCAAUACUUGA